GAGCUUGGGCUACAGCCACCGGGCAGCUCCCGGCUUCGCGCGGGAAACGCUCGCCUCGCCUGCCCGCAGCCGUGCCCAGCACCUCCGGACACCAGGGAGAUGGCACCCGUUGGGGGCAAAAAGGCCAAGAAGGGCAUCCUAGAACGUUUAAACGCUGGAGAGGUUGUGAUUGGAGAUGGAGGGUUUGUCUUUGCACUGGAGAAGAGAGGCUAUGUGAAGGCAGGCCCCUGGACCCCAGAAGCUGCCGUGGAACACCCGGAAGCAGUUCGCCAGCUUCAUCGAGAGUUCCUCAGGGCUGGAUCAAAUGUCAUGCAAACCUUCACCUUUUAUGCAAGUGAAGACAAGCUGGAGAACAGGGGAAACUAUGUGGCAGAGAAAAUAUCUGGGCAGAAAGUCAAUGAAGCUGCUUGUGACAUUGCCCGGCAAGUGGCUGAUGAGGGUGAUGCUUUGGUGGCAGGAGGUGUGAGUCAGACACCUUCGUACCUUAGCUGCAAGAGUGAAGCUGAAGUUAAAAAAGUAUUUCAGCAACAGUUAGAGGUCUUCAUGAAGAAGAAUGUGGACUUCUUGAUUGCAGAGUAUUUCGAGCAUGUUGAAGAGGCUGUGUGGGCAGUUGAAGCCUUAAAGGCAUCUGGGAAACCGGUGGCAGCAACCAUGUGCAUCGGCCCAGAGGGAGAUUUGCAUGGUGUGCCCCCCGGCGAGUGUGCAGUGCGCCUGGCUAAAGCAGGUGCCUCCAUCGUUGGGGUGAACUGCCAUUUCGACCCCACAAUUAGUUUACAAACAGUGAAGCUCAUGAAGGAAGGUUUGGAGGCUGCUCGGUUAAAAGCCUACCUGAUGAGUCAACCCUUGGCCUACCACACUCCUGACUGCAAUAAACAGGGAUUUAUUGAUCUGCCAGAAUUCCCCUUUGGUCUGGAACCCAGAGUUGCAACGAGGUGGGAUAUUCAAAAAUACGCCCGAGAGGCCUACAACCUGGGGGUCAGGUACAUUGGCGGGUGCUGCGGCUUUGAGCCCUAUCACAUAAGGGCGAUUGCCGAGGAGCUGGCCCCAGAAAGGGGCUUUUUGCCACCAGCUUCAGAAAAACAUGGCAACUGGGGAAGUGGUUUGGACAUGCACACCAAACCAUGGAUUAGAGCCAGGGCCAGGAAGGAAUACUGGGAGAAUCUUCGGAUAGCCUCGGGCAGGCCGUACAACCCUUCACUGUCAAAGCCAGAUGCCUGGGGAGUGACCAAAGGCACGGCCGAGCUGAUGCAGCAGAAGGAAGCCACAACUGAGCAGCAGCUGAGAGACCUCUUUGAAAAACAGAAAUUUAGAUCUGCACAGUAGCCGAAGUGGAGCCCAUUUUUAAUGACUUCCUCUGUGUUUGGGCCCUAGUUCCUAAAAAUAAGGAAAAGAUGUUUAAAAAGCAAUGCUUAUAUUAAUGCCAGCCUACAUAUAAAACUGGUAGUAGCUGAACAAAAUAUACCUUUAGAAUUGGCAAAUGCUAUUUGUAAUUCUAUUUUAGAAGUUUACCAUACAAUUAUCAAGCCACUUGUUGUACAUUUGAAACCAACACAAUAUUGUAUAUCAACUUUAUUGCAAUAAAAAACAGUUUACCUAGAAGCAAAAUAAGAAAUAAAGCUUAAAAAGCACUCACCUUAAAGUAAGUAAAUCUUACCAAACACCUGCCAUGUAUAUGGUAUUACAGAAAUCGCUGUGGCCAAGGAAAAGCAACUCACAUUAAUCCCACCUCAAGAAGUUUGCAGGCUAUUAAGGAGGAUGAGAUGUGAUCUGUCAGAAAUGGCUCAGCAACCAGCCAGGGACAGAUACAGUGUUAUAGGGAAGUGACCUCCAAGAUCUUUUGAACAUGACCCUUAGUAAGAAACACAAUUUAUUUAAUGACCCAAUGAAUCACACAUCGUACAACUACUGAAAUAAAAUGUGUGAUCCAUUCUGGUGUUUUCUAUUCCAUUCCUUUCUAUCCUACUAAUAAAAUACGCUGGUUGAGAUCCUCUGAAUUGAUUUUAUGACCCAUUAUUGGGUUCUGACCUCUAGUUUUAAAGAACACCACUAUGGGACUGGUCAGAUAUGGGGAUUCUGCUCUUAAGUUUAUUCUUAGAAAGUCAGUUAUAUAGAACCUGAUUAAUAAGUAGCCAAAGCUCAGAACUGUUCUCUCUUUCCUGAUCCAUUUCUACUACUAAGAAAUAUACAGACCAAUGAAGAAGAGCAAGAAAGCAUUGGUAUCUAGGCCCUCUCCAUUUUGCUCAAAACUGGAUCCACCUAAAUGCCUCCAUCAGUAAGGCUGAGGAGUGAUGAGCUCGUGUAACUUGGUCAUUUUUAAAAAGUAUAGUAAAAAAAAGUAGAGAUUCCCCAUACUCUGCUUUUCCUAGAUUAAGAAGUAUGAUUUUUACCUGCUAAUAUCUACUAUUCUAAGAGAGCUCAAGCCUGAAGAUAAAACCAUUAGAAUAAACAUAGCUACUCUUAAUGUAUUAGGAAAGAGUUCAUUCUGCUUUCUAAACAUUCUUGGAUUGGUUUAGCUGUUUUGAAAUUGUCAUUUCUUCAGCUAUUAAAGAGGAAGAGCAACGAGACUA